GACACUUUGCACUUUUGACAGUUAGCAUGUUAGCAGCGAGCUGCUAAACUCUCCAGAGAAGAUGUCCGUAAAAUAGCGAACAGUGAGUGAAAAGUACGAAGUGUUUCUGGAGUUUUUUCUUGGUGAACUCUUCGCUGUCUUAGGAUGUUUUCGUCUGCCUGGAAUUUUGUUAAACGCCAUAAAAGGAAAUUUAUUUUCGCCGGAGCUGUAGUUGGAGGCGUGUACGUCCUGGGUAAAUAUGCUCAGAAGAAGAUCAGGGAGAUCCAGGAGAGAGAGGCAACGGAGUACAUCGCUCAGGCAAGAAGGCAGUUCCACUUCGAGAGCAACCAGAGGACCUGCAACAUGACUGUGCUGUCCAUGCUUCCUCCGCUGAGAGAAGCCAUCAUCAGUCAGCUCAACUCAGAGAGUCUCACUGCACUACUGAAGACCAAGCCAGACAAUAAACUGGAGAUCUGGGAAGACUUAAAGAUCAUCAGUUUCACCCGCACCAUCGUUGCCAUCUACAGCACCUCCAUGCUGGUGGUCCUACUGAGAGUCCAGCUGAACAUCAUUGGAGGAUACCUGUACCUGGAUAACUCCACUGGAAAGAGCGGGACGACUGUUCUGGCUCCCCCAGACGUCCAGCAGCAGUACCUGUCCAGUAUCCAACAUCUACUGGGAGACGGUUUGACAGCAUUGAUGACCGUAGUAAAGAAGGCGGUACAGAACUCACUGGGAAGUUUGUCUCUGAAGCAGAGUUUGUCGGUGCUGGAGUUGGAGCAGCAGCUGAGCUGGAUCAGAGCGGAGGUGGAGGCCGGCUCUGAACGCUCGCUGUCCUGGUACAUGCUGGCAGACGAUGAGAACGCUCUCACCGACCAGGCGUGUGGGUUAACGGAGAACGACAUAAUGACCAUCAGACUGUUAAACGAGACUAGAGACAUGCUGGACAGUCCAGACUUCACCACUGUUCUCAACGCCUGUCUGAACCGGGGCUUCUCUCGUCUCCUUGACAACCUGGCCGAGUUCUUCCGCCCGCCCCCCGGUGACUCCGCCCCCAGCUCUUUUCCUGAUAGUCUGUCUGCGGUCAGUCUGCCGCUGGCCAAGAUCAUCCCCAUCAUCAACGGUCAGAUCAACACCAUCUGCAGCGAGACUCCCAGUCACUUUGUUCAGGACCUGCUGAUGAACGACCAGGUGAAGGAGUUUGCAGCCAACGUCUACGAAACCUUCAGCAUGCCGCAGGAGCUGCAGAAAUAAUCAAGAUAGGAGGAGAGCUCAAGAGAAAGAAGAGGGGGAUGAAACCAGAAAUAAUUAAACUCCCAGACUGUUAAUCCCUCCUUCCUUUCUUUGAGGCAUUUUUCUCGGCAGCAUCUUGCGGACUUUUUGCCCUCGAUGGUGAAGAUUCGUGGCGAUAAUGGCCAAAACAGAGCAACAAGGACCGCCUGCAUCCCUUCUGUUAACAGCGCCGUGUUGAAUUAUCGGUCUGCGGCAGGAAGAGGAGACCUGCACUCGGUUUGUAAUCAAAGCAGAGCCUGCAGUUACAAUUAGAACCGCUGCAUCUUGGGGACUGAAAUCCCAUUAAACCCAGGAAUUAUUGUUUUAAUUACCCUGAGAGGUGGAAAAGAAGGCGAAAAUACUGAAACCAUCAAAGUGCACAGAGAGGGCUCACUGAUGAUACUGAAACAUGUCAGUUUUUUUUGUUCACAUUACAGAUUUUAGGAUGAUUUUCCUCCUCUCUAUCAGCAGUGAUGAGCUUCUUUAGUUCAUUCACGUUUCCAGCUCUGCGCCUCACGUCUUUCAAGAUCAGAAGAGUUUACAAUGCUUUUUCUUUGCUUAGGUGGUAUUUGUGUCCGGUGAACUAAUGUGGGUGGGUCUUUAUAAGCUGGCAAUAUUUUUUUGGGCUAAUAUAUUUUUCAGUCUUUUUAAAUUUCACUAUUUCCAUGGUGGAAACGUCUGCAGCAGCUGGGUGGUAGUUUGGUGACGUUACAACUUCAAUGUGAGAGUGAGAAGCUGAACUGUCUGAUCAGAAUGUCAUAUGAACACAACCAGAGUGGUUAAAUACAAACUAAAUACAUUGUCAAAAUGAAAGCGCAACAGAACUUUCAGUGGUUGACAUUUUAUUUUUCAUAAAACCCCAUUAAAAGCAACAUUCUUAACACGGUGAUAUCAAUGUUCUUGUUUUCCAUGCAAAAGAGCUGUUCAACACAUCCACAAUUUUAUUUCGUUUUCACUUUAAACCUGUAUUUUCAGCAGGAAAAUCCUUUCUUUUUACUGCUGUUUCUUUGUUGCCCACAAGGUGUCACUCUUCCUCAACUUGUUGGAAUCCAUAUUUAGGUUUUUGAAGUUGCAUUUUCUUUCUCAUUCAGUUCUUCUCAGUUUUGCCAUUAGAUCCUGGUUAAAUUUUUUCAUAAUAUCAUUCUGUAGAGCCAUUUUUCCCUUAUUUCUUUCUUUUUAGCGCUUCGUUUUUCCCUCAGUCUGUUUGUAUGCGGCUUCUUUAAAACUCUCAGAUCAUUUUAGAUUGUGUUGAAAUUUAAAAGACUGUUACCCAAAGCCAAGAAAUCUGGGACGGCUGUACUUAACCUCCUGUCAGCCCCUCAUACUUCACAUUUUCAAACUCUUCGCACAGUACCCGCAUAAGCGACCUAAAUCAUGUGUGUUCAGAGCUGGUUUACACCUGAUUCCAGUAGUCGUCUAUGUACAGAGGAGGAGGGACCCCAGGAAACACUGAGCUGAAGCUGUGAGUCAUUGUGGCAGUUACAGGUGUUUUUUUUUUUUUUUUAAAUUAUUCCUAAACUCCUGGUUUCAGCCAUGCACAUUGUUUGUUUAGUGAAUGGCUUCACUUAGUUAUUCCCAUCUGACUCACACACGACUUUCCAGCUUUGAUUACAUGUACUUUAUGUUUUCCACACAUCAGUAAACCAAUCUUCAGAUGAUUAUUUUAUUACUUCACACCAUGAAAAAUAGUCAAAGACGAAGUGCAGAUGAAUCAUGAAAAUGCUUCGUUGGCUGGUAGGAUUAACUAGAAACCAGCUGAUGGAGAAAUUAAUCCACCUUGAGGCUGUUCUGGGGCAGAUGUGCACAUUAACCCAUCAGUUAGUUUCCUUCUUAGGCGAUGAGAAGAGCAUCAGGUGACUCCUCAGCUCACUGAGUUCCUGGUUUCUGACUUGCACAAUGAGCACCGUUGGGUGAGAAUGUAAAGCUCUGCAUGUAAUCGAAGACGCCUUUUCAAAGCGGAAUGUCCCGUAUGACAGCUGAAAUGUAUGUUUGUAGCAAAUUACUGAAGAGAUAAUAAAUGUAAAAUGUGAUUUCA